GUCGAUUAAUUAAGCUCGGAGCUUGGAUAAAUCUUCGUGUUUCGAGCAUAAAAUUUUUCCACCUUAUACAAGAAACGCAAGAAACUUUUAAAAGAAAUAGUCACAAAUUAGAAACGUUUAUUUCGUUUAGGUUUUAAUUUGCCGCAAUAAAGGUGUGGCGAGAGUGUGCGACAGGAAAAAUUAUUUGUGAAAAAUACUUUUUUUGUCCUCGGGGGAUUUUUUUUCUCUUUUUUUUGGCAUGGCGGCGUACAUUGCUGUAUGUGCCAAAUAGGUUAUCAAACAAAUAUAUAUUUUUAAGAAAAUAUUAAAUUUAAAUUUUCAAACUUCAAUUUAUCGGAAUAUGUUCGGAUAAAAGGGGAAAAAAAAAAGUUUAAUUGUUAAUAAUCGUGUGUGUUUUACCUCUUUUUUUCGUCUGGAAAAACCGUUAGAAAACAAAAACAAACAAAAGAAUUGUUCCGCGAGUUAUAUUUUAUUUCGAUAAUGGCAGAGAAUGCUGCGGAACUUUUGGAGAAUAUCAAAAUCCUCCUCUGGGGACCGAGUGUCAAGGAAGAUGUCUUUAGACGAUGGGCACAAGGUUUUUAUUUCAGUCAGGAUGAACCGAGUGCACUUGUACAAAGAGAGGGUGGUCCAUGUGUUGUGAUUGCUCCGGUUCAGGCAUUUAUAAUAAAACAAUUAUUACAAGAAUUUGACAUUUCAACGUGGAAGGAUAUUAAAAAUGAAAAAUGUGAUCAGCUUCUUGUUAAGGCAGUUACUGAAAUUGUGGCACAGGCCGCUGAUGUACAAAAUCCAAAGUAUUCUAUUGUAUUUUUAAGCGACUCUAAUAGUGAUAUGGUAAAUGGAGAAGUGCCUGAAUGUUCAUCGAAAUCGGAGGGCAGAAUUCCUCCUGUCGAUGUCCCGAGCACAAGUGAAGGACAGGAAAUUCUCUCCGAGAAUUUUCACUCACGUUUAAGGAUACUUCCGGUAGAGAGCAUUGGCGAAGUAGAAAAUUUUUUUAUGGAAAGAAUCAAUUUAUUAAAGGAAUCAUAUGGAGUGUUUAUUUUACUUUAUACAGUAAUAUGUACAAAAGGAAUGGUUGGAAUGCAAUCGGAAAUGUUGGACUCGUCGGAAUGUUUAAUUGAAUCGACUUUCGGUUAUGGAAGUCAAAGUUUAAUAAAUCUUAUGCUAACUGGUCGAGCUGUGGGUCACGUUUGGGAUCAUGAGCAAGACGUUGGUGGACUCAAAUUACUUGGCAUCGAGAAACAGAAUUCCGUGGGAUUUUUAGCGUACCUUGAACAUUUACAGUAUUGCGAAGUGGGCGCCUUUUUAAAAUCGCCAAAGCAUCCUGUUUGGGUUCUUGGAUCCGAGACCCAUUUGACUGUUUUAUUUUCACCAGAGAGAGAUCUCGUUAGGCCUGAAACACCAGCCGAGAAAGCUAAACGAAUUUUCAAUAAAUACAGUCCCGAUGGUAAUAAUUUCAUUCAGACAACUUUACUGCAAGAUGUACUCGCUGAACUCAAUUUAGUCAACGAUUCCGAAUAUGUGGAUAUAAUAAAACAAAAACUAGACAAGGAGAAUUUAGGAAUAAUUUUAUUCAAUGCAUUCAUGGAGGAAUUUUUCUCGGAACAACAGCCAACGGAUCCCGAUACAUUUACACUCUAUCAUUAUAAUGGAUUGUCACGCAGUAAUCCUGAUAACAAAAUUAUUUAUCACAAAGGACAAGUAAUAUUGCUUGAGAGUAAUUUAAAAUGCGUUUCAAAUAAUAGUAUGUUAACGGUUCUUCAAACAAAAUGGCCAAAUCUUGAAGUUGAAUGGGACAAUAAUCGACAACCGAGUUUAAAUUGAGGGAAAAGACUAUAAAUAUCGAGAAAAUGAAAAUUAUUCAGAAGCCAUUUUUACAAGAAAACGAAAAACAAAGAUCAUGAAGAAUAAUUGGGUGCAAGUAUUUUUUUAUUCUUUAAAAAAUAAAUUCAUCUUGCUCCAAAGAUUUGUAAAACGGACAGUCUGGCGGAAGGAUUCGGCAAAAAUUUUUCAAAUUUUUCUUUUGAAAAAAAGAAACUAAAAUUCUACAAACUUAGAAUCACUUUUUAAUUCUUCAGAUGCAAAAAAAAUAAUCUCGUAGUUUUUAGUACUUUUUCUCUCUCUUUCUCUCUCUCUCUCUAUUUUCAGCAUGACAUUCUUUCGCCGAAUAUCCUUUGUAGACUGAAAAAUUAUUAUAUUAAAAAAAAGAAUAUAAAAUAGCAGAAUAGAAAAAAAAUCGCUGCUUUAAUGACGUAGAAUUCACAAAGUAAUAUAACACACAAAGAGCGCCUUCUUAAAAAAAUAAUAACGUAAUUAUUUAAAAGAAAAAGAAUGAAAAAUUUGUUAUAAACUUAGGCUGUACAGAAAUAAUUCCUGGAUGAAUAUCUCAAAUGUAAUUGAGAAACUUAUUCGAUUUAUUUAAAUGUGACAAAUUAGAAAUUUCCUUUUGAAUAUAUAAAAUUAAAAAAAAAAUAGAAAUAGAAAAUACAUGAAAUUUUCUGCCAGACAAAAAAGACAUGAAUAGUAAAACUUCACAAAAAAAGUACUCAGCAAUCAAGACAGUUUUUCAAGAAAAAAAAUUAUUUAUUUUUAUUUAUUAUUUCGCAAAAAAAAGUUGCCAAUUUGAAAAAAGUUGACCAUUUCUCAUUCACUUCAGAUUUGUAAAUUAUAAUUUUUAGGUAAGAAAAUGUAAUUAUGUUAUUUUAUAGAUACAAUUUUGUUAGUACAUAAUUUUUAAUAUUAUUAUUAUUACAAUAAUAUUUAUUACUAUAAAGUAUAAAUUAGAAAAUAGAUUAAAAAAUUUUUCUCGGCAACGAUUUUAGGCGAAAUGAAUAGAGAAAAUUUAUAUUUUUUAAUUAAAUAUAUGAUUAUGUGAGUUGAUAAAUAAUUUACUAAUUUAUAUAAAUAAAUGUGAAAUGAACAUUAAUAAA